UCAUUCACUGCUUUUGUACACGAAGAAGAGCCGCAUGCUAGAAAGAAACAGCUGUGAAUACAUAGCGAAGCUAGCUAAAGUCUUAGACAACUACACACAAGUGUUCGUGUUCAUGGUCGGCAAAGACCAAACCAGUAUGACUAACAUACUGGUGUAACUGGACUAAAAGGCGUUUUGCUUUAACUGGCCUUCUGUUACUUAUAUUUAGCCGUUAGCUUGCUAGUUAGCUUGCUAGUGAUCUAGCUAGCUGUCACCGGGUUGUUUUGUUCUUUGUAAAAGUGGUCGUUUCUUUUAUAACACAUGAGUGUGUCUCUGGUUGUUAUCCGUCUGGAAUUAGCCGACCAGUCUCCUUAUCCACAAGGUUUCCAGUACUCAGCCGUUGAAGGCAUGUCGGAGAAGGAACUGCAGGAGAAGGCUUUGGGUGUAGCCAAACACACCCUGAGUGGAAAGACGGAUCUGGAAAGAGCAGGUGUACUGCACCAGCACAUUGGUAGCAGAGCCAUGGGGGACAUGGUUAUAGAAACCUUUGAGCCCAGCCCAGAUAAAGGGGGAGGCGAAGACCCCGGUGGUUCAUCCGAGCCGGACAGUGGACCUCCGGCUGCGCAGACCGAAGCAGACGGUCUGGAGGGCACUGAGGCUUCACAGGACACCAACGAGGCGGCAGGCGCUACUCCUGAUUCCCCCUCCAAGCAGCUGCCGGACCAGAUCUCUUUCUUCAGCGGAAACCCGUCAGUGGAGAUCGUCCAUGGCAUCAUGCACCUCUACAAGACCAACAAAAUGACAUCACUGACUGAGGAUGUAAGACGCAGCGCUAUGGUGUGCAUACUGACUGUCCCCGCGACCAUGACCAGCCACGACCUCAUGAAGCUUUUGGCCCCUUUUAAUGAUGUCAUGGAGCAUAUGAAGAUCAUACGGGACCCGACCCCUAACCAGUAUAUGGUCCUGAUUAAGUUCUGUACACAGGCAGACGCAGACAGUUUCUACACAGCGUGUAAUGGCCGCCAGUUCAACUCCAUAGAGGACGCAGUGUGCCAAAUGGUCUAUGUGGAGCGGGCAGAGGUUAUAAGGUCUGACGAGGGAGCCAGUCUGCCGGUGAUGGAGCUCACCGAGCUGCCAAAGUGCACCGUGUGCCUGGAGAGAAUGGACGAGUCGGUUAACGGCAUCCUCACCACUCUCUGCAACCACAGCUUUCACAGCCAGUGUCUCCAGCGGUGGGAAGAUGCCUCGUGUCCUGUGUGUAGAUACUGUCAAACACCAGAACCAGUUGAAGAGAACAAGUGCUUUGAGUGUGGAGUGCAGGAGAACCUGUGGAUUUGUUUGAUCUGCGGGCACAUCGGUUGUGGUCGCUACGUCAGCCGGCAUGCCUACAAGCACUUUGAGGAAACGCAGCAUACUUACGCUAUGCAGCUCACCAACCACCGUGUUUGGGACUACGCAGGAGAUAACUACGUGCACCGGCUGGUGGCCAGUAAGACCGACGGGAAGAUGGUGCAGUACGAGUGCGAGGGAGACACCUGCCACGCUGAGAAAAUUGACGGACUUCAACUGGAGUACUCGUACCUGCUGACGAGUCAGCUGGAGUCUCAGAGGAUUUACUGGGAGAAUAAGAUCGUUCAUCUGGAGAAGGAGACCGCUGAGGAGAUAAACAACAUGAAGGCCAAAUUUAAGGAGACUCUGGAGCGUUGUGAUAACUUGGAGCGACGGUUCGGAGAACUAAGCAAAGACAAGCAGGGAAUAGAGAAGAAGUGCACCCAGUUGAACAGUCGAGUCUUGAAGCUGACCCAGGAGCUGAAGGAGGAGCAGGAGAUGAACCGCUGUCUGAGAGCCAAUCAGGUGCAGCUGCAGGCCAAGCUGGCAGAGGAGGAACUCAAAGCGAAAGAGACCGGUGAAUGUAAGGACGGGGCAAUAGCAGAACUGAAGGAGCAGCUGAGAGACGUGAUGUUUUAUCUGGAGACGCAGCAGCAGAUUGAACACCUGCCUCCGGAGGCCCGCAGCGAAAUCCAGGAGGGACAGAUCAACAUCGGCGCCAGCCCUUCGGACAGCGCCGGAGCCGGCCCCUCCUCCGCCAGAGGCAGGAGAGGCCGGGGCAGGAAGAGGAAGUAGGCAGCGGUUUUAAAAGUCUACUGGAACAUGCUAGAAACUAUCCCAGCCUCUCAGCGUUGGACACACGGCUGAGCUUUGUCCUUUUUGUUUUGGUUAACGUGCGUCUCCGUCAUUGUGGUUCCCCAGAAAGCACUCCGAAGAGAAAUAAAGACUUGACGCUCAUCCUCUCGAAGAAAGAUGAAAUAGUGAUGAUAUUUACCUGCACAACUUAACUUAAUGUGGCUUCCACAAGAAGAAAGGUGGAACCUGGUGGUGGAUUGGUCAGCCAUUAACGGCAACACUUGGCUGUGGUUUGUUAAAUAUAUUUAACGUCUGUGUGAUGUCAAUAUAUUCAGCUAUUUCCACAAUCUAAAAAGAAUAUCUUUUUUUUUUUGGUCAUAAGCGGUAUUUAUCAGACCAAAAUGAUCAUUUUUUUUUCCCAGUUUAAUACCCUGUAAUAGCUGACAUGUGUUUUUCUUUUACAUUGUGAGAAAUUUGGCAAAGCGAAGCUGGUACAUGAAUGUUUUCUUUGUGUAAAGGAAGCUUGUCUUUUCCUGAAUCCUUUUUAAGUAAAAUGGGUUUGUUUUUUCACAUUCACCCCCCCCCCAACAUUAUUUCUCAGUAGUUUAACACUGAACACUACUCAGGAUGAUAAAGAUUAACAGAGAUGGAGGAGAA